AAGAGUGUGAAAUCCUCUGCCCUCUGCCAGCAGCUGCAGCAGGAGAGCUCUGGGCUCAGGGAAAUCUGCCUCAGACCCAGCUGGGCUUGUCGCAGGGCUCCAUGGAACUCUGGUGAUCCCUGCUGCUCACGCUUGUCACCAUGCUGGCAGAAGGCAUCCUAACGAGGCUCAUCUAUAAAGAAAUCUGUCAUCAAGAUAAGCCUUGCAAAUCUCCUGCAUCCCAAAGGGCUAAAGAGGGAAUCUGGAGACAGAAGCUUGUAGACAUCCCAAAAAUUAAAGGCUUUGCUGAUGGAUGUGAGAAGCGGGAGGAGCUCUCUGCCAGAAAGAGCAAAGCAGAGCUCAGGAGUGGCCCUGGAUGGGGAUCCAUAGAAAAGGAGCCUGCAAAGGGUCAGGAAAUCCUGGUUCAAGGAACAGCAUCCCCAGCUUUACAUAUCCCCAAGAGAGCAGGGAGCCUGGACCAGGUGGAUUUGUACAGAUCCUGGCYGUGUGAGAGCAUUUACCAGAACUACCCUGACCUGCAGAUCGGGGGGGACCGCGUGGGGGGCCACACGUGUGACUCGGGCUGUGUGCUGGACCACGUGUGUGAUGAGCUGCCUGACGGCCCUGUCCUGCUCUCUGUGGAUAUUCCCCUGGACCAGUCCCCUCAGUGUGAGCCUCCCAAACAGCCCAGUGAAAUGUCCCUGCCUGGAGAUGAAGCUGGGGAAAGGAGCAUCGUGUGCACUGAGGAGCCCCUUUCCAACUCUGCGCUCAACAAAUACAUGGAAGCCAAAGUGGCAGAGCUCUACAAACAGUUUUUUGAAGAGAGCCUGGCCAGGUGUGGUUCCAUAACAAACCUGCUCAGCUGCAGCUGGCUGAGGAGCAGCCUGGACCAGAUAAGUGUUCGGAUCUCCAAGGAGCAGAACAUAGAAACCUCCAAGGCCAGAGGAGCCCUCUUGCACUCGCUGGCUUUGUUCAGCUCCCGCAACGCUCCCAACAGGAAUAGCUCCGAGUUCAGCACCCCAAACCUCCAAAUCUCCAGCAGUGGGGUUGCAAAAUGGAGUUGCAGGACGGAAUUCACGUCCUGACUGAGCUGCUCAGCUCAGGAGAGGGAUGUGAUUYGGGUAUGAAUGUUUCACUCCGAGGAUUAGGCUGGGAAAUGGAAACAUUUACACACUACACUUGUUUGAAUUAAUAUUUUAAGGCAUAAACCCCUUUAGUAGCAGGUGAAGUAAAGGUCACUCUUUUGUAAUAGAGAAUUUGAAAUUAACUUCUCUCCAAAAUACUGGUUAAUCACGUUUUUAUAAYGUAUAUGGAAUCAUAGAACUGUUAAGCUUGGAAGUCACCAUAAGAGCAUCAAGUCCUAUCAUCUGCCCAGCACCACUAAACCAAGUUCCACACCCACACAUAAAAGCAUUAAUUUUGUGCAAAAUCACAAMUUUUUUUUGAGCAUAGAUGACUGCAGUAUUCCUAAAAGAAUAGUGCAAAAUUCCUGCACCUUCAUUUGGAAAUUCAGAUGCAGAUUUUGUGUGGAAAUUCUGUUCUUUAUCUUUUGAACACAUUUUCUUCCUUUUCUCUUGCUUUCUGGCAAAUAUUUCAGCUGGAAGUUAUUAUGUCACCACUGUAAAAUGGUAGAUG